AUGGGCGAGAAAAAGAAGAGCAAAAACGCAGCCAUCGACCUUAUCGCCGGUGGUACAGCAGGUCUUUUCGAAGCCCUCUGUUGCCAUCCUUUAGACACAAUUAAGGUCCGCAUGCAACUUUCCAACAAACAAAACCUCGUGGGACCCGAUGGUAAACCAGUCAAGAAAUUGGGUUUCAUUGGAACCGGUAUCCAAAUCGCUAAACGUGAAACCCCCCUAGGUCUUUAUAAAGGUCUCGGUGCAGUCGUCACAGGUAUCAUUCCUAAAAUGUCUAUCAGAUUCUCGUCCUAUGAGUUUUAUAAGAAACAACUUGUCGGACCUGACGGUAAAAUCUCUGUCGGUGGUAACUUUGCUGCUGGUGUCGGUGCCGGUCUUACCGAAGCUGUCAUUGUUGUCAACCCCACAGAAGUCAUUAAGAUUCGUCUUCAGGCACAAAACCAUUCCAUGGUCGACCCUCUCGAUGUCCCCAAGUAUAGAAAUGCUGCCCAUGCUCUUCUCGUCGUUGUUCGUGAAGAAGGUUUCUCUGCCCUUUACCGUGGUGUCGCUCUGACAGCUGCUCGUCAAGCUUCUAACCAAGGUGUUAAUUUCACUGUUUACUCUGAACUUAAGGAGAAACUUAAUGAAUGGCAACCCCAAUACAAUGGUCUGCUCCCCUCGUGGCAGACCUCCCUUAUUGGUCUCGUUUCCGGUGCCCUUGGUCCUCUUUCUAAUGCUCCUCUCGAUACCAUCAAGACUCGCAUGCAACGUGAAGGCGGUGCCUCCAAGGAGACUGGUGCUUCUCGUUUCCUCCGCAUUACCAAGCAACUUAUUGCUCAGGAAGGUAUUCAUGCUCUUUACAAGGGUAUUACCCCUCGUAUCAUGCGUGUUGCUCCUGGUCAGGCCGUCACCUUUACUGUCUACGAGUACAUUCGUGACAUUCUUGAGACUAUGCCUGCUCUUGGUGCCUCGGCUUCUACCUUUGAAGAGUAA